AAGUUUCACUAUUAUAAUAGUACAAUCUUUUCGUGAUCUCAGUUCCCACCAGGUUGAAAACAAAGUUGAGAUAUGAGCUCCACCAGCAGCGCAAAGCGGGCCGUAUGCCACAUAGUGGCCAUGCCGUACCCUGGCCGAGGCCACAUUAACCCCUUGAUGAACCUUUGCAAUGAGCUAGCUUCAAAAUCUGAUAACAUUCUCAUCACCUUUGUGGUAACCGAGGAGUGGCUUAGCUUCAUAGGCUCUGAAAGGAAAGCUGGUAAAAUCCGAUUUCGAUGUAUACCAAACGUUGUGCCAUCUGAGCUGGUCCGAGCUUCUGAUAUGAUUGGAUUCUUGGAAGCUGUUUGGACCAAGAUGGAGGCUCCAUUUGAGCAGCUCUUGGUUGAACUUGAGCUUCCACCUACUCUUAUUAUUGCUGACACACAUCUUUUUUGGGCGGUAUCUGUUGGAAAUAGGAGGAAUAUCCCUGUGGCUUCGUUUUGGCCUAUGUCAACUACAAUGUUUUCAGUGUUUCACCAUUUCCAUCUUUUCCAGGAAAAAGGUCACUUCCCGGUGGAUUUGCUAGACAACGAGAAUGAACUAGUUGACUACAUUCCUGGGGUUUCAUCGACACGUUUGUUGGACCUUCCUGGGUUUAAUGGAGGGAUCUAUCCACUUAUAUUGAAGCAAAUCUUGGGGUGUGUUUCGUGGGCUGGUAAAGCAAAUUAUCUGUUGUUACCUUCAAUCUACGCGCUUGAAUCUCAAACCAUUGACGCUCUAAAAGCAGAACUGUCCCUCUCCAUCUACACAAUCGGCCCUUCUAUACCUUACUUAGACUUAAGCCAUGGCGACAAAGAUGACUGCUUGCAAUGGCUUGACAGGCAACCUAGUAACUCUGUCUUGUACGUAUCAAUGGGAAGUUUUCUUUCAGUUUCAAAUGUCCAGACGGAGGAAAUAACAGCUGGUUUGCAAGACAGUGGUGUUCGGUUCUUAUUGGUGGCUCGUGAGGGAAGUUGGAAGUUGAAGCAUGGGUGUGGGGGUGAGGGGUUGGUGGUGCCAUGGUGUGACCAACUGAGGGUGUUAUGCCAUCCUUCCAUUGGGGGAUUUUGGAGUCAUUGUGGUUGGAAUUCUGUUAAAGAGGGUAUAUUUGCAGGCACUCCUUUUCUUACGUUUCCUCUAUUUGCUGAUCAAAACCUCAACAGUAAGCUCAUUGUGGAGGACUGGAAGAUCGGGUGGCGAAUAAAGAAACAUCAGUUCACAACAAGAGGCGAAAUUUCUAGUUUAGUUAAAAAGUUGAUGGAUUUGGAGAGUGAUGAUGAAGUCAAACAAAUGAGGGGGAGAGCCAAAAAGCUUCAAAAGGAAUGUUUGCAAGCCAUUGAGAGGCAUGGAUCAUCUGAAUCCAAUAUUAACUCCUUCAUCCACAGCAUUUUACAGUUUAAUGACCAUUAAUCGAAUUGUAUUUUAGUACCUCAAGCUCGGGCAUUUUCUUUUUGUUGAAGAAUAAAAAAAUAGUUAAAUUCAGUUAAUAAA